AUGCUGCGGCGGGCCACGCAGACUGAGCUGGUGCAAGUGGGCCUGGCUACGGCAGCGGCUCAUGGGCCCGGGCCUUCUUAUAAGGGCCGUGGCAAGCUCCUCCCCAUCGCGCCCUGCUCAUUGGAUUCCAGGCCUAGCGGUCCGCAGCCGGCGUCGAUCCGAGACGGCACAGGCCCAACCACUCGUUCCUGGGGCACGAGUAGCGCCUUUGUCCCGCGAACUCCCAAGGCCCAGGGUUUCUGGUGCGGAAGAGUCAAUGCAGGUGGAAACCCUCGUAACCUUGUGAACUUGGGGACAGCUGGGCCCACCAGCGCUCGGGAAGGUACAGGAGGUCACCUGCUAGAUCCGAGUGCAGGCAGGAGGCGGGGCGAGCAGGGCGAUGUGAGCCCCGGAUUGGGCCUCCAGGCGGGCCCUAUGCCGAGACGGAAAGAUAUCCCCCCGUGGGUUAAAGUCCCCGAGGACUUGCGAGAUCCGGAGGUGCUGCAGGUCCAGACGGCGCUGCUGGAAGCCAUGUUUGGCCCCGGAGGAUCUCGAAUCCCAUACAUCGAGCAAGUGAGCAGAGCCAUGCUCGAGCUGAAGGUUCUGGAAUCCUCGAACCUCACCGAGGUCGUGGUUUACGGCAAUUACUUAUACAAGCUCCGAACCAAGUGGAUGCUCCAGUCCAUGGCCGAGAGGCACCGCCUGAGGCAGGAGCGAGGGAUGCUCAGACUCGAGGACGCCAUGAGUGCCCUCGAGCUCGGCCUUUAGCUGAAGGGAAGCGUUUGCACCCGGCGGACCGGGGACCAGGAUGUGGACAGGAGGCUGUGGGUCUGCUCCCCGCGGAACAAGGGAAAACAGCUUG